GACCGGCGCCAUGAUGAGGCGAUCAGUAUCGAGUGUGAAUUAAAUACUACAAGGUCCGUUGCAAGUUGUGGUUUUGUUCGAAAUGAAGUUGUUUAUUUGUGGAGCAGUGUUUUUCACUGCUCUGGUGACAUUGAGCACUGCGCAGGAACCCAAGUCUCAAGCAAUCGAUGAAAUCAGGAACGAGGAAGAUGCGGCUGUCGAACGUGUCAAGCGACAGAUAAUCUUGGGUGCUGUGCUGGGAGGAAACACACCGGGAUAUGGUGGAAUUGGAGGACCCGUAGGUUUCGGCGGACCAGGUGGCUAUGGAGGACCAGGAAGACCGGGAGGCCCUGGUGGUUUCGGAGGACCUGGUGGAUACGGAGGACCUGGAAGACCCGGAGGUUCUGGAGGAUAUGGAGGAGGUUAUGGAGGCCCAGGAGGUCAUGGCGGAAGUUACGGUCAUGGUGGUCAUGGUGGUGGACAUGGCGGCGGUGGACAUGGAUUUGGAGGUGGACACGGCGGUGGUGGACAUGGCGGUGGUGGACAUGGUGGUGGAGGACACGGACAUGGACACCAUUGAGCGAAACUUAUUCAAAAGCAAUAAAUUAGGACUGAUGUAAUAUAAUAAAUUAUUUGUUGUUUUCGACGAAAAAAAUGUGAAUAUUUUGAUACGAUAUUGGUUUGUGAAUGUCUUAAUACGAUGCUCAAAACUUUG